UAAUUUGGUUCAAUUAGACAAAUCCAGCCAAAAACAAAAACCCCGUUCUCCCUCUCAGCUCUCCAGAGAAGCCAUGCCAGACGACGCUCCUUAUGCGGAGGCCGCGACAAUGGGAGUCACCGCCGUGGAAAUUGAGCCCGCAGAAGCAGAGCCUAUACAAGUGGAACAAGUACAGCAGCAAGGGGCGGCCAAAUGGCCGGGGUGGCCGGGAGACAACGUGUUUAGGCUAAUAGUAACGGUGGCCAAGGUGGGCAGUAUCAUUGGCCGCAAGGGCGAGCACGUCAAGAAGAUCUGCGGAGAGACCGGCGCCCGUAUUCGCGUCUUCGAAGGCCCUGUCCGCAGCUCUGAUCGUGUCGUUAUGAUAUCCGGAAGAGAAGAACUUGAGGCAGAACUGUCCCCUGCAAUGGAUGCAGUGCUCAGAGUAUUCAAAUGCGUCAAUGGUCUAUCUAGUAUUGAAGGUGAAGAUUGUGAUUCAGCUGAUGGCGGGUCUGCCUUUUGUUCUGCUAGGUUUUUAGUGGCAUCUUCACAGGCAAUUUCCUUGAUUGGGAAGCAAGGAUCUAUGAUCAAAUCAUUACAUGAGAGCACCGGUGCCUCUGUACGAGUUUUCCUAGAAGAUGAAUCGCCCUCCUAUUUGACUUCAGAUGAGAGAAUUAUAGAGAUACAUGGCGAAACUAAGAAGGUUCUUAAAGCACUUCAAGCGGUUCUAUUACAGCUGAGGAAGUUCUUGGUUGAUCACAGUGUCAUUCCUGUAUUUGAAAAAAUGUAUAGUGCAACAAUUUCGCAUGAUCUUCCAGUGGAUUCACCUGUUGAUAAAAUUCGACCAUUCCAUUCUGCUCCUAUUUCUCAAACUGGCAUUGGUUCUGAUUAUUCCCUAUCUUUAAAGCGUGAUCCUUUUAUGUAUGAUCGUGAAGCACAUCUAGACGCAGAAAUCACACAAUCUGGGUUCUCUCAUUAUGGACAAGAUCCUGCAUUUGGUGGGUUACGUUUGCCAGGAGUUCGACAUACUGGUACACCUUUGGUAACUCAGGUGACACAUACGAUGCAAGUGUCUCUCUCAUACGCAGAGGACAUCAUUGGGAUUGGUGGGUCGAAUAUUGCCUACAUUCGUAGUACUAGUGGAGCAAUCCUCACAGUCCAAGAGAGUAGGUGUUUUUCCGAUGAUAUUACUAUUGAGAUUAAGGGUUCUACUUCCCAAGUGCAGACUGCUCAACUGCUCAUUCAGGAGUUUAUAAGCAGCCACAAGGAACCUGCAAGCAUGUACAGGGAUAUUGAUGCGAGAUCAAGUUCAUACUCAGACAUGCCAGAAACUGCAUACCCUUCAUCCUCUUUUGCUUCCAAUGCAGGUGGGUACAGAUCCUCAAGUUUUGAGCACAGAUCCCCUAGUAUCAGAGGCUAUGGCAAUUAUAGGUUCUGAAUUGCAUUUCUUAGUAUAUGUAUGUUCCAGGAACAGCCAUAUUGAGCAGUGUAGCUCUUGAUAAUUCACCUUUUACGUGAAAAGAAGGAAGAGGAUACUACUUGCUAGGAAAUUGAGUUUUAACCUGUCUAUAAAUAAUUUGUUAGCCUGCGCUUGGCCAUUGCCUUUAGGGUAGUUGGAGCCUAUAGGACAAUAGGAGCAUUGGACACACAACCAGCUUAGAGCGAUGUUAAUGUUGUGUAAUUUCUGAA